CUUUCUCCUAUAAAUAGCUUUCAUCUGUGAUUCGAACACCGCUGGUGCUGUAGCAAUAUCUUAGCUUCCUUGGUUAACUUCGUCCGUCUCGGUACUCGGUAGAGGCUAAAGUACUUAUUGUAUAAUAAUUGGUUACCAAAAUGAUGCGAACGGUUGCUCUUAGACUUCAUUAUUCUUUACGGGGCCUGGCAUUUAAAAACCGUGCGGCGUGCUCUGCCAUUCCAUCACGUUUAAUGUCGUCGCACACCGAAACAGACGAAGAAUUUGAUGCUCGGUAUGAGGCAUUUUUUAACAGGGAGGAUAUUGAUGGCUGGGAGGUGCGCAAGGCAAUGAAUGACCUUGUUGGUUUUGACCUGGUACCAGAGCCAAAAAUUAUAAAUGCAGCAUUGAGGGCAUGCCGUAGAAUAAAUGAUUAUGCCCUGGCGGUAAGGUUCCUGGAGUCCGUAAAGGAUAAGUGUGGGAGCAAAGUCGAAGAAAUUUAUCCAUACGUAAUACAAGAAAUCCGACCGACGUUGGAAGAGCUCGGAAUCAACACUCCUGAAGAACUUGGUUAUGACAAACCAGAAUUAGCAUUGCAGAGUGUGUAUGAUAUGUAGAUAGCUAUUGCUGAUAAAGCAGUGCUUAGGUGAAGUGUUAUAGCAGGUAUUAACGUCUGAAACAUUUCGCAGACAUACAUCUUCAGUUGUAAAUGUAUGCAGUUUGUGAUUAAUUUACAUGUGCAAUUGAAUGUAAUAAUAAAUUCAUUUGUUUGGACUUGA